AUGGAUGCAAUUAAGAAAAAGAUGCAGGCGAUGAAAAUCGAGAAGGACAAUGCCCUCGAUCGAGCUGAUGCAGCAGAAGAAAAGGUACGACAAAUGACUGAUAAGCUGGAACGAAUUGAGGAGGAAUUGCGCGACACGCAAAAAAAAAUGAUGCAAACAGAGAACGAUCUCGAUAAAGCCCAGGAAGAUUUAGCUGUUGCUAAUACCAACUUGGAGGAAAAAGAGAAAAAAGUCCAAGAGGUAUGA